GAUAUUAACAGAUAGAGUCAAACGUUUGGCAGAAAAAUAUUUUUAUGCGCUAAGAAAACAAAUAUUAAAUAUUUCUAUAUAAAAUGCGCUCUCGUAGCAGGAGCCGUUCACGCAGUCCACGCAGAGAUCGACCACGUGAGAUACGUGACAGCGGCAGAUCCCACGUGCGUCCGGACAGGCGGGAAACACACAAGCCGGCGGCUAAGUCUGGGCACAGAGACCAGGAAAGGGAACGGCCGCAAAAAAAUGGCUAUGAAAACUCACCCGUGCGUCGAGAGGGUCGCAAUUCAAAGAGACGAGAUUCGCCACGACGACAGCGUUCGCGGUCCCGCUCAUCUAGCACGGACAGCAGCAGCAGUGGAACAAGCAGCGACGGCAGCAGCAGUGGUACAAGUAGCUCUACGUCACGCAGUCGGAGUCGCAGUCGUGGUCGUAGUCGGAAUCAGAAUCGCAGUCGGAGUCCGGUCAAACAGAAACAAAAAUCGGUGGAGCGCUGGCCCAACGAUCGUUAUCACGAGAACAAUGAUAGGCAAAAGAAUCCCUUUAGAGGACGUGCACCGGAAGGCAGCUUUAUAAACGAUCCAGCCGAACGGCCAAGUCGUAGUCAUCACCCACACCGGGGUGGCGGUCAUCCUAAGGAUUCAAAGGCCUUAAGUGCGCGACGGGCGCAGCGUGUGCGCAUUGGCGAAGAAGGCGUUCCAGAAGUGUGGGGCACCAGUCCAACACGGACGCACCAUGAUGUGGAGCUAGUCAAAGGCUCCUAUGUGGGGCCCAAGAAAAAGAAAAAUCUAAAGAAGAGCAGUAAAAUGAAGAAAACCAAGUCCAAGAAGAAAGCAAAAAAAAUCAAAAAGAAGAAAAAGAGCAAACAAGUUUCCAGCAGCUCAUCCGACACAUCCUCAAGCUCAUCCUCAUCAAGCUCCAGCAGCGAGUCGAGCUCCUCGAGCGAAGACAGUUCCGAGAGCGAGGAUGACCAGGAACUUUGGCUGGAAAAGACAGCGGAUGGUAUUAAAAUGCCCCCUAAAAAGAAAGUCAAGAAAAGCACAAGCAAAAAGAAUAAAAAGAACAAAAAGAAAAAGAAAAAACGAAAAUCGGAGUCCGACAAAAAAUCCUCAUCCAGUGCAGCCAGGUCCAAAUCGAAGGCGAGUGCUAGCAAAAACGAAGAGGAUGUGGGCCCAUCCCUGCGCAGCGGCGGCAGCCUGAAUCAAAAAGACUUUGGGCGCGCCCUGCUGCCGGGUGAAGGUGCCGCCAUGGCUGCCUACAUCGCGGAGGGCAAACGUAUACCGAGACGUGGUGAAAUCGGUCUCACAUCGGACGAGAUUGCCAACUUUGAAUCGGUCGGCUAUGUGAUGAGCGGUAGCCGGCAUCGGCGCAUGGAAGCUGUCCGUAUACGUAAGGAAAAUCAACUAUAUUCGGCGGAUGAGAAGCGCGCCCUGGCCAUGUUCAGCAAGGAGGAGCGCCAGAAGCGGGAGAAUAAAAUACUAACGCAAUUUAAGGACAUGAUUCACUCCAAACUGCAAGCUAAGGAUAAGAAAUAGUAAAUAGUCAUUUGUAAAGCAAUACAAUUAAUUUUUUAA